AUGAAGCCCGCCACCAAAAGACUCCUUGUCACCGUAGCAGUCGUCUUCGGCGGCAGCCAACUCGUAGCCAUCCAGGUCUUACAUCCUGACCAUGACCGCAUCGCCGAAACCCGGCGUCGCUUGGGCAUCCAGGAAAGGGGGGCUCAACAAUCGAGGGAUGAGUCGCGCCGCAGGGUAUGGAGACAUGAGCGGCUCCAGCAGGACCUGGGCGGCAGCGCGGCGCGGCCGGAUUGGGAUACGACAUCGAGAACAGAGAAAGGAGGAGGAGGAGGAGGAGGAGGAGGAGGCGAGAAGGCUUGA